GCAUAAGCUACUCAAAGUUCAAACUCCAUCUGGGUUCUUCAAUUUUCAUUAAAAUUCUUCUUUUUUGUCUUAUUUUUUGUUUUAAUUCAGUAACUGGGUUUGUUUUGUUUUGUAGGUAUUGGCUUUAAGAAACUCUUUAUUAACAAAAUCCUGGACUAUGAGGAUGAAUUCUUAGCUACUUGUAUUUGGAUUUCAUUAGCUGCUAUUGUUGCUGUACUCGGAUCACUUGCAUCGUCGGAAGCCGAAAUGUCCACGUUUCCACCUGUCGGGAAGAAAUUGAUGCUUUUUGCUGAAAGAUCUCCCUGGAAAACAUGAGGAUCUAGAUUUUUCGAGACCACAGGAACUGGUUGGAAGGGACCGGAACUCUGCAGAAGAGUUUGGUUGAAGGAGAGAUGAAGAGGAGGGGACUGUUGGCGUUGAAAUGGAGGGGUAGCUUUGAGAACCUAAAUGGAAAAGACGGCGAGAAAGGUUAAAGAGGAAGAGAUUGUGAGAGGAAACACUAGAAAUCUAGCGGGCUUCAUCGAAAGGCUUCUCUGUUUCUUCAUUGUAGUGGUGAUUGUCUUUUGCUUAUCAGCUUUUGUAUCUACUAGAUGCUACUGGGUUCUUCUCUUUAGGAUUACACAUUCUUGGGAUUCAUGUUUGUUGAGCUACAGCGCAAAAGCUGGUACUUAUUCUAGCUCCCUUCUUCUUGUAGAGACGAAAUAUCUAGCUUGCGUCAAAGAAGUGGCCACAGGAAGUGUUAUCUUCUUUGUCUGGGAUUGUCCCAUCUGCGGAGUCCCAUUUCCUGAUUCUAGGAUGUUGAAUAGGUUUGUACUUGCAUUCGACUUUAUAGUGGCGAAUAAUGUCAAGAAGGAUGAAAUUUUGGCUCCUCUUCCAAUUGGAUUUGCAGUUUUCUUGGUUCAAUUGGCCAGCAUCCCUAUUACGGGCACUGGCAUCGACCCUGCAAGAAGUCUUGGUGUAGCCAUCAUCUUCAAUAGAGACCUUGGAUGGAAUGAUCAUUCCAUUAAACGGCCAACACUUGUUGAUCUGCAAAACCAGAUGCAACCUGCGGCCAUCUCUCUGAGUUUCUUGUUACUUGUAGUACUGGAGACUAGUAACUUCCAAUCAUGUGUAGCAAGAGACACCAUCAGUUCUAACAGUUUAUUGCCAGGUGAUGGCACAACUAUUAUAUCCGCUGGGAAAGGAUUUGAACUGGGCUUCUUCGAUCCUGAAGAUAACAUUAAUACUGGAAGAUACGUAGGCAUAUGGUAUUACAACUUGAGUCCACGAACAGUUGUAUGGAUUGCCAACAGAGAUGCACCGUUACCAUAUGUACCUGGAAACUUUUUCAUAGGUGAAGAUGGCAAUCUCAAGUUGGUGGAUAAGAUGGGAACUUCAUAUUUCAAUACUACGCUUGAAAGAUCUAGCCCUGUUAACAGGACCCUGAAGCUGCUGGAUUCAGGGAAUUUGGUACUGAUUGAUGGGAGCUCAGGAAAUAUCCUAUGGCAAAGCUUUGCCGAACCAACUGAUAGUUUUCUUCCUGGCAUGAAGAUGGAUGGAGGUUUGAAGUUGGUUUCCUGGAUGGAUAUUGGCAAUCCUGCAACUGGGAACUUCACAUUUGAGCAAGAUCAAGAAAAUAGGCUGCACAAGAUCAUGAAGGGAAAAAUAGAACCGCACUGGAAAAGUGAUCAAUCAGGUUCUGAUGAACUGCCUUACUUUGUGGCCUUCUUCUUAUCGAAUUUUAGCCGUAGUGUUGAACAGGCUACUUAUAUAUCUUCCAGUGCAUAUUCUUCAAAUAAUCCUGGUUCAGCAAAUACUAGCUUAAACUAUUCGCAAGCACUAGAUUCUUAUGCAAAUACUAGGUUGUUGAUGAAUCCCUCUGGAGAGAUACAGUUUUACCGUCGGGAACAGGAUGGAUGGUCAUUGAUGUGGAAGGAGCCCCAUGAUGCGUGUAGUGUCUAUAACCCUUGUGGUAAUUAUGGUAGCUGUAAUCUCAAAAGUGGGGGUUUGAAUUGUGAUUUUCUGCCAGGAUUCAAGCCCGUCUUUCCUGAUGCUUGGAAAACUGGAGAUUUUAGUGGCGGUUGUGAAAGGGAGUUGCAUAUAUGCAAUAACACCUCCAAACCAGACACAUUCUUCAAUUUGAAGUUGAUGAAAGUGAAGAAACCGGACAUCCUAUAUGCUGCGGACAGCGAGGAUACGUGCAGACAGGAGUACUGUCUCAGCGAUUGUGCAUGCCAGGCAUACUAUUAUGCUGGAUUUGACAAUCGAAGUCGAAAUAAUGGUGGUGGAUCUAGUUGCUUGAUUUGGACUUCUGAACUUACUAAUUUACAGGAGUAUGUUGAUGGUGGCCACGAUCUCUCAAUUCGUGUACCAGUUUCUGGUAUAGAAAAUCUGGCUAAUACAAACCAGUCAGAAGGGACAAGCUCAAAACGUGAAAAUCCAUCAAUAUCAGUGACUCUUGUCACUGUGAUUAUUGUUACCACAGUGAUUGCUGUAGUUUUACUUGCUGGCACCUUAACCUGCUCCUUUUACAGGAGGAUCAUAGCAAAAAGAAAAGAGACUGAAAAAAGCAUUCCAGGGAAUCCCAUGCCUUACUUGGACGACAGUGAAAGACAAGCUGCAGAAUUGGUUGAUGAGGAUGAUAAAUUCAUCGAUGUACCCUAUUUCAGUCUGGAAAGCAUACUAGCUGCUACAAAUAACUUCUCAGACACAAAUAAACUUGGAAGAGGAGGAUUUGGCCCAGUUUACAAGGGAAUCUUCCCUGAAGAAAAAGAAAUUGCAGUAAAGAGGUUGUCAAGCCACUCUGGUCAAGGCAUGGAGGAAUUUCGACAUCGGAACCUAGUUAGACUCUUGGGCUACUGCAUCAAGGGACCUGAAAAAAUUCUUCUGUAUGAAUACAUGCCAAAUAAAAGCUUAGACACCUUUAUAUUUGAUGAAGGACGCUGCAUCUUAUUGGACUGGAACAUGAGAUUCAACAUCAUUCUGGGAAUAGCACGGGGACUUCUUUAUCUUCACCAGGAUUCAAGGUUGAGGAUAAUUCACAGAGAUUUGAAAACAAGCAACAUUCUAUUAGAUGAAGAGAUGAAUCCCAAAAUUUCAGAUUUUGGCUUGGCAAGAAUAGUUCAAGGCAAAGAAACAGAAGCAAAUACAAUAAAAGUAGUUGGAACCUAUGGCUAUAUGUCUCCAGAGUAUGCAAUCGAAGGUUUAUUCUCAGUGAAGUCAGAUGUAUUUAGUUUUGGAGUAAUUAUACUUGAGAUUCUUAGUGGUAAGAGAAACACUUCUGGAUUUUAUCGGUCUGAAGAAGUCUUGAGUCUUUUAGGCUAUGCUUGGAGAUUGUGGCAAGAAAGGAAAGCAUUGGAUUUAGUUGACAAGAGGUUGCUGGAAUCAUGCAAUGGAACAGAAGUCAUGAAGAGCAUAAACAUUGGUCUCUUAUGUGUACAAGAUGAUCCCAGUGAUCGUCCCACCAUGUCUAAUGUUCUUAUUAUGCUCAGUAGCGAAACAACUACUCUUCCAAGUCCGAAUCAACCAGCUUUUGUAGGAAGAAGACGCACUUCUAGUACAUCUGCAUCUUUGUCUAGUAAGGCAGAAACAAUCUCCAUCAACGAGAUGACCAUCUCUGCAGAAGACGGCCGAUGAAGGCGUUGAUUGUUUCAUUGUAUAGUCCAGCAAAUGAA